AUGCAAGACAACAUUGACAAGGUGAUGCAACGUGGCGAACGUCUUGACGACUUGCGUGGCAAGACUGAGGAUCUUCAAUCAACGGCAACUCAUUUUCGCCGUGGUGCCAACCAAGUGCGUAAACGAAUGUGGUGGAAGGACCUCAAGUGGAAGAUCAUUAUCGCUGUUACUAUCCUGGUCAUUCUUGGCGCCAUCAUUGGUUCCAUCGUCGGUACUCAGACCAACAAGCAAAACUAA